AUGUCGCGACAGGGCCUAUCUCACCAGAGGUCCUCGGAGGCCUUAAAUAUGUCGCCAAACCCCAAUAGUGUCUACAACAAUCUCAACUCCGCACAGCAGAACUACUUUGGCUCCCCUUACCUCACCCCUUCUCAAGAUCUCUCGCAAAGCAUACAAGCUCAGGUCCCAUCGCCCACCUUAAACCCUCAAGUCUUCAGUCAACCACAGGCACCAUCCGGUCUGCUGGGUCCCGCUACCUUCAAUCUAGGUCAGCCUCAGAGUCAAACUGGCUUCAACGACUUCUCUCUUUAUAACGAUAACAAUUCCCCCACCAACCUCGAUCCUAGCGCCGCCAUGUACGGUGGUACCGAGAUCAUGAAUCCCUCGAGCUUCAUACCAAAUAGACAUCACAGCCCUCACCUAGUCACCCCACCGAACCAGCAGCAGCUGGAUUGGUCAUCCCCAAACUUCCAUCAGAUCCAGUCCCGCCACCAACGUGCGUUAUCGGACCAAUCUGAUAUCUCGCCACAGCCGAGCCCUUUCCUGCAGAACCAAGAGUUUCACGAUCACCACAGUCCUUUGCUCAGAGCAGAGCAACCUGGGGAAAUGAUGAAUCUCCUUCAGAGCAACGAUAACUUCGGGCUCGACCAAUUCACCCUGAAUGAUACUGUAAACGGCUACUCGCCGAAUCAUAGCCCUAGAAUCACCCCUCACCUGACCCCGCAACACACAGGGAAUGGUCCUAGCCGACAAUCCCUCAACGAAUCUGCUUUCCUAUCAUUGAACCAGCCGACGUUCCAAAAUCCGAACACUGCGACUCUCGCAGGCCUCGGCCUACAGCCUAUAAAUGGCCUCCAAGAUCAAGUUGUGAUCACCCCUCCUUCCAUUGAGGUUGAAUUCGCCCCUCCCCAGCGACAACCUACUUUCCCGGAGAAAAUGCAUGAUGAUGGCGCACUUUCACCUCCAUCAAGAGGCCGUGCCCGCCAGAGGUCUAAAUCCGAUCCACCACUGUUGACUAUUUCUCGCCCAGAGACUCCAGAUUCUCAAAUGAGCAGCUUCAACCCGAACUUUGAAGUCCCCACACGCGGCCGCCGUGAUUCCCUCCACCCCACUGAUUUCCUCAACGCCAACAGCCACCUUAGAACCCCUUCUCCUUCUCCUUCAAUUUCUUCUGUCACAUCUUCGGUUUCCACAUCCUCCCGCCAUGUUCGCCGUUCAUCUACAGGCGGGCUGAGCAACCGCGACUACAUACUGGAUCUCGCCGACCCUAAGCGCCCUGGUGUCUCAGGAUCCGAUACAAAGCGCGUGCAGAAGCAUCCUGCAACCUUCCAAUGCACAUUAUGCCCAAAACGCUUCACCCGCGCUUACAAUCUCCGCUCCCACCACCGCACACAUACCGACGAACGUCCGUUCGUCUGCACGGUAUGUGGUAAGGCAUUCGCUCGCCAGCAUGACCGAAAACGUCACGAGGGCCUGCACUCCGGCGAAAAACGGUUCGUUUGCCGUGGAGAGCUGAAGUCUGGUGGGAACUGGGGUUGCAGCCGACGAUUUGCACGUGCUGAUGCCCUUGGACGACACUUCAGAAGCGAAGCUGGAAGAGUGUGUAUCAAACCACUGCUUGAUGAAGAAGCCGAAGAGCGGAUGAGACGACAGGCGGAGAGUAAUAGUAUGGCGAUGGCAUAUGAUCCCUCUCAUCCUACUUUCCCACCUGGAGCUUUGGAUCAAUUGCCGCUGGCAUUGCUUGCGCAGUACCCUGCUCUUGCUAGUGCAUGGGAGACGCUAGCUAAUGCGCCUUCCGGAGGAUACGAUGAUGAAGAUGAAGGGAAGAGCGGGACAUUUGAUCAUAGCAGUGGUGGCGAGUGGGAUGAAGGGAUGAGCUCGGGUGGGAUGGGCAGUCAUCGGAAUAGCUUUGAUGGAAGCGGCUUUUCGAGGGAUGAUUGGAGUGGUAGCGAAGCUGGGUGGCAUAGCGAUACGGGCGAACCGUAUCCCAGCACUACUCCAACCUGGAGCCUGCCAGGAUAA